AUGGCACCCAUCCCCGGCAAGCGUGAGAAGCGCAUAUUGGGCACCUCGCUCAAGAUGUACUUCGACCUACCCGACACCAACCGCUACAUAGACUCUCUCGCCGCCCUCGCCCCGGCAGCAGAGAAGGCCGAUCUGGAUCUAUUCGUCAUCCCGGACUUUAUAACUGUUCUGCCGGCAAAGGCGAAGCUUGCCGAUACCAAGGUUAUGCUCGGCGCUCAGGACUGCUACAGCGAAGACAAGGGAGCGUUUACCGGCGAGGUCAGUCCGGUCACACUGUCUCAAGCUGGCGUGAAGGUCGUGGAGAUCGGGCACGCUGAGAGACGGAGGCUAUUUGGGGAGACAGACGCGGACGUUGCAAAGAAAGCUGCCGCUAUCGUGAAGAAUGGGAUGGUACCGCUCGUUUGCAUCGGAGAGAAGAGCAAAAGCAACAUCGCCUCUCAAGCCGUUGGAAUCGCUGUCGGCGAAUGCAAGCCGCAGAUUGAUGCUGCGCUAUCCCAGAUUCCGAACGAUGCAGAUGUGAUCUUGGCUUAUGAGCCUAUCUGGGCUAUUGGGGCGAGCGAGCCGGCUGGAGCUGAUCACGUCGUGGCCGUUGUCGAGGCUCUGCGGACACUGUUGGCAGACCGGUCAGGCAGAGUCAGGAUCCUGUACGGCGGGAGCGCGAAGCCGGGUAUCUGGAAAGCUCUCGCUCCCGCUCUAGACGGCAUGUUCUUGGGACGCUUCGCGCACGACCCGAAGAAUGUCGAGCAGAUCAUCCAGGAGAUGAGGGAGCCCUGA